GUGGCGAAGUGCAAGAAGGUUUUCUCCUCAUCCGUCCGGAUAGUGAGAAGGGCAAAUUCAACGUGAUGUUCGUCAUGCGAAUCCUAGAGGGGAACUUUGCUCCAUGGGCCACCUUUCAGUUUCGACUUCUUAUGGAGGGUGCUCAUCGGUCAACACAAUUCUUUCUCAAUCGCCCAAACAUUCGAGAACUGCGUGAAAUUGAUGAGAAGUUCUAUGUGACUCUGUCCAUCCAAAGCUUUAAGCGUGGAUUGCCCAUGGUGCCCUGCUCCAGCAAGCCAACGGUGACCAUCGAUGCUGGGGAGCGUUUGGGUUUGAAGCUUUGGAGACGCUACAAGACGGAGAGACGGGGAGCAGCUGGCAGUAAGGGCAAGUUCUUUCUGUCCGAGUAUUUGACUAUCCUGGUGAAUGCUCUGGGAGAGGACAUUGAGACUUUUGAUACUUUGGAUGGAUUAGAAGUUGUCCCUUAUCAAUGCAUUGUUCGACGGAGCGACUGGGAACGCGUGAGAAUGCGCUUCUUUGACAUCUACCCCUUGGCGAAAGCUGCGUAUCGCAGGGCAAAUGGGGGCACGUAUGCGCCAAGUGUCCAUGAGGAGGUUGAAACAAAGUUCAAUCUGCAGGAACCCAAACGCAUCGAAGAGGAAGAAUCGCUGGACAUGCCCAAGUUGGUGGUACGAAAUACCUUCUUGGACCUCGAGGAAGAUGACACUCAAGAUCCUGCAGACAGGUGCGCGGCGCGCGGCCUGGUUCAGCGGAGCUCCGAACCGACGUCGUCGCGGACGCGGCCGGUGCGGUUGGACCGCGUCGCCGCCAUGGGCGCCAUGGGCUCCACACCCUCGCGGUGCUGCGAGGGGUGUGGAGACCGAGAGGCUGCAGAGGCUGAAGAAGUAGUGGCGAAGCCAUGGACUGAGGAGCCAGGCCCUUGCGCUCAGCCGUCCCGGGCGAAUGGGGCCCGGGCCGGGAUUGGCCCUCGAAGCUUGCUGGAUGUGCUGCAGGGCAAGUGGUUUCGAAAAGAGGAUGGCCAACCAGUGGGUGAUAUCUCAGGGCCCUACAUCGUUUGGCACGCGCGCUGGCAGUUCCGGGAGUCGGUCUCGCCCCUCAGCGAGGACCUCACCGGUGCUUUAGUCAUCGACUUGGAUGGCCAGCUGCAUUUCGGCCGACCCUACUUCGGUCCAGAGACGCUCAUCAGCUUCUUGGCGUUCGUGGAGGGAGCCGAGCUGAGGGAGCUGAGCUACUUCGGGAAAGAGCGACGGUGGAGAGGUGGAGAGCUGGUUCCGGAGCUGGAAGGUUGUGAGAUGUUGUGA